AUGUUGGCCCGUAGAACACUAUGGAGAGCUUUCACAAGCUCAGCAGCCACCAGCCAAGGUGCUGCUACUGAUGAAUUAUGCUGAUAUAUAUAAAUAGUAUAAAAAUUGGUAUUAAGUAUAAUAAAACCAGAUUAUUAAGCUGAGAAUAGAAAAAAAAAUUGCUCAAGUACUCCAAAAGGUAGCUCCAGCUGAGGCAAAAGUACCCCAAGAAGAAAGGCAGAAGACUCUCGACGAAAGAUUAGCUGAGCUGGAUUCAAAUGUUGCUAAAAUAGAAGCCUUAAGAGAAGCUGGCAAACCAGAAGAAAUCAGAAUCAGAAACCUCCCCAACAAGUACGGCAGAGCUGGCCGUUUUCCAGCCUAUCCCUGGUAUGGACAAGCAGUUCCUACUGAAGAUAAAUACCCACAUUUAGCUGAAAGACUUGGAAACUACAGAAAACAUAUCGAGACCGGCAACGACCAACUUUUGAAAUGGCUUCAAGUCGAAACUGACCUAAACAACCCUAAUUUCAAGUCGCACUUCGUCCAAGAACCUGCAAGAGAGCCAGACCCAGAUGUGGAUUUCGAAAAAGGGGAUAUUUUAUAUGAAAAUAAAGACGCUGGACAAGGCGCAGUUCUUGUCAGGCAAAUUGGCUGGUCUAGCUUCUUUUAUAUAGGCUUUAAUAUGUGGCAUGGUAUUUGGAGUGGCAGAUUUAUUUAUCCAGUAGGAAAUGAGUUUAUGGAUAUCAGAAGCGACCAUGCUAAUAUUAACCAAAACUUCUUGCAGCAGACUGUACUUUUCGACUCGCCUUGGCAAGCUACUGGGUCAAUUGCUGUGACUGCAUUUGUGGUCCCUCUUAUCCCACUUAUGGCACUGGGAUACACUUAUCUGUUUCAUGCAGCUACUGAUGAUAUUGUGUCAAAGAUGCAGUUCAAUGCAUCUAAAGAUAUUUUAUUCAUUACUAAAAGAACAGGAGCCUUUUGGUCACAUGAAGUAGAAGUAGCUCAUGAAGUCACCCAUCUACAAGUUCUCCCACCAACCCCACAGACUGGACUUGAUAACGUGAACGAUAGAACUUGGGUCACCCUCACUGACAUGAGCACAAUGGAGAACUUUAAGCUUUGCUUAGACAAGAAAUAUUGGCACCCGAAUCUUAUUGCUGAUUUCAAGCUUCAUAUUCAUUCUCUAUGGGAUUAA